CUCACCUGAGGCAGCGCAGCGUGCAGACGGACAGACAGACCUGAGAGCAGGCAGGUAGACAACAGAGCAGCGGAGCCGGAAGAACGAGCUGCUCGACAUCUGCUGAUUGUAACCUACUUUCUCUACAGUAACGCCUGGCGCUUUGACUGUACCCUGCUUUUAAGACUCGAUUUAUUAAUGAAAGAGGAGCGGCAGCGGAGGAAACAUGACGGAACAAGGGAAGAAGCUGCUCCUGAUAGUGGUGGAUGUUCUUUGUGUCUUUGUUGCUGCUCUACCCUCUGCCAUUCUGACUCUGAUGUUCACUCCGUACCAAAGAGGAAUCUACUGUGAUGACAAGAGCAUCAGCUACCCGUACAGGAGAGACACCAUUUCCCAUGGAGCCAUGGCUGCUGUCACCAUCAUCUGCUCCAUCACCAUUAUCACAACAGGAGAGGCCUACCUCGUUCACACGAAGCGUCUGCACUCCAACUCCCAGUUCAACCAGUACCUGUCAGCGCUUUACAAGGUGGUGGGCACCUUCCUGUUCGGAGGAGCUGUCAGCCAAUCGCUGACCGACCUGGCAAAGUUCACAAUCGGGAGGCCUCGUCCAAACUUCUUGGCUGUGUGCGCCCCGGUCAGCUGUAACGGGUACAUACUGCAGAUCAACUGUACAGGGAACCCUCGCAAUGUGACUGAAUCUAGGUUGUCCUUCUACUCCGGCCACUCGUCCUUCGGGAUGUACUGCAUGCUCUUUCUGUCGCUCUACGUUCAGGCCCGGAUGCAGGGGAAGUGGACACGGCUGGUCCGACCGACCAUCCAGUUCUUCCUGAUUGCAUUCUCUGUCUAUGUGGGAUACACACGUGUGUCUGACUACAAACAUCACUGGAGCGACGUGCUGGUGGGGCUGCUGCAGGGGGCACUCAUCGCCGUGCUUACUGUCCGCUACGUGUCUGACUUCUUCAAACAGCGCCCCCCUCCCUGCACACGACCCGACACAGCAGAGAUCGAACACCUUGAACGCAAACCAAGCCCGCAGCCCCCCGACUCACAGCACGGGAACCACUACAGCUACUCUGGGCCUGUAUGAGCUCCUUCUAGCAGCUACUUCUACUAACCUUCACUCUUUAACAGGCUCAUUACAGAAGAACUGUGACAUGUGCAGAAAACUAGACAACACAAAACAGAAACCACUACCUGGAGGAUCCAGACUAGACCUGCUCCUGACAACUUUUACAGCUAUGAAAACUUUCAGAUUCCCAAAACCUGUUGGAACAGACGCUCUCCCAUCUCCGUGCCUUUUUAGUCGGUGUGUGUGAUGCAAAAAUAUGUGCGAGUGAUUUGUGGUGUGCAUGUGUAGAGUGUCGAGUGCAAUUUUAUAUAAAUAUUUUAUGAUUUUUUUAUUGCCUGUGGUUUGAAAGAGUUUCACUUUUUAUGCUGUGAGUCAUACUGAACGUGCAAGCAGAGGCUGCUAAAGAGAUCGAUAAAUUUCAAAAAUGCCAACCAAAGAUUUCUUUGUGUCCUUGGCUGGAGUGAAAAACCUUGUAAGGCUGAAUAUGAUCAAACAUUGUUUUAUAUUCCAGUCAGGUAAUACUUUAGUCUUACUGACACUGGAGCUACAGUAUAUCCACACGUCUCUUUAUUUUAUUGUCCUUAAAAGAUGUGCAUGUGUGAUAAUGGACUGCCUUAUCUAUAUAGGUUAGUAUGUAUAAUACUAACAUUUUUAUCAUGUUUUUAACUACUGUAUCUAAUAAAUCAUGUAGCUUUUAAAAGAGUUUACUACCA